CUUUAAUAAUUGAGUUUAAAUUGAGAUCAUCAUUGAGAUUUUAUUUCAAAGAGAUUGAGGAGAUUGAUAAAGAUAGUUUAUUAAACUAAAUAUGUAUCUUUUCAGUGAGAGUUGACAAACAUCUGUGGGCUUAUUCUUUUUUUUUUUUCCUUAUUGAGUUAAGAGGAUGAGUGGUGUUAUUGUAUUGAUGAUAUGAUGUGAGGAAAUGUUAGAAUAAUAAGUUAACAGGAAACAUGAGUUAUUGUUAUAAUAUUAGAUAUAUAUAUUUUACUUACUUAUUUUUCUUACGAAAUUUUUAUCUAUUUAAAGGUCCCGGCUAGGAACGAGCCUGACACUAGAGUACGAAGUAAGAGAAACAUAUCAGGAUGGCUCGUACCCUACGUACCGCGAGGAAGAGAGUUAGUGCUAGAGCGACACGUGAUGAGAUUCGUUGGGAGUACCUUCACUAUGGCAUGUGCUGGAGAGAUACAUUGGGGAAAUUUCUUGCCCACUUCCACGAGCACUGGUUGGCAGCUAGCAUGUAUGGGAUCUCCUCGUAUGAUGGCAUUAUUCGACUGUUGACUCUACUUCCAUCCGACUGGAAGGGUUGGGCCACCUCCAUUGCCUCAGACUACUUAUACCAUUACGGUGAAGAGUACGACCUGUAUGUAGAUUUUCCAGGUUUCGUAGCAGCGGUUAGUCAUCAGUAUUACCGUUAUGGGGCAGCUCCUUAUGGACCAUACACGCUACCAGGAGACUACAUCCAAGCUGGAGGAGGCAUUGCUGAUUUCCUACCACGAGAUGACCCUGCCCCGUAUGUGCCGCCCGAGCCAGUUCAGGUGGCCCCACUCCUUGAGUCUGAUACUGAUGAUGAGAUAGCUGCCCUACUUCGUUCUCCUACACCGAUUUACAUAGUGGUUUCCUCCGGUAGUGAGACAACUUCUCAACAAACACUCAUGUCCGACUGUACCAUCCUUGGAACCCGCACCCGCGACGAGUUUGAAGCUGGACCUUCCAGACCGCCUGGUGUACCUCGAGAUCAUGUGGAUUCUCCUGGAAUGCAGCCAACUGUUGGAACCAUACGCCGAGAACCGAUAGAUCUAAAUCAAGCAGAUGUGGUAGUCGACUCAGAUGAUACACACGAGGCAGAGACACACAGUCAGACGAUACGUGUGUGCUUGAGGAAGGAUUCUGCAGGUAAGGGUGUGAGAGUUCACGAGGUUCCACAACAUGAGGGCGAGAUAGAGACGGAGCCUAGCGAGUCCAGUGCAGCAUGAGCAGAUGUUAGCUACUCUUUGAUGAUGGUUAGAUAGGAGGUGUAGUAACUUUAUGUAUGUACAUAGAUGUAUAUAGCUAUGUGUGGUGUGUAGAUGUAUAUAUGUGUUUUGAUGAUACGGAUGCGGAGUCUAGUAGAUCGCACCGUGGCAUAGUACUAGUUGUGAUGUUUAUAUAGUAGAACAUCAGGAUUAGUACUAGGGAUUUUUGUUGUACAUAUCCCUGCUAUUUUGUAAAAGUCCUCUGAGGAGGCAGCUUUUACCUGAUGAUAUAUGAUGAUGACCUACGCGGUCAUUUAGCA